GUCAUGGCUAGCAUCAUUUCACACAUGGGUAAUAGCCGGCGGCAGAACACACGCUUGCCGCCUUGGGCCCAUUCUAUGCUGAGGUCCCUGGGUAGGAGUCUUGGUCCUUUAAUGGCCAACUUGGCAGAAAGAAACAUGAAGUUGUUCUCAGGGAGGGGGGUGCCAGCCCAGGGGGAAGAAACCUUUGAAAACUGGCUAAUCCAAGUCAAUGGGGUCCUGCCAGAGUGGAAUAUGUCUGAAGAAGAAAAGCUCAAGCGCCUGAUGAAAACCCUUAGGGGCCCUGCCCGGGAGGUCAUGCAUUUGCUCCAGGCAGCCAACCCCAACCUAAGUGUGGCAGAUUUCUUGCACGCAAUGAAAUUGGUGUUUGGGGAGACUGAAACCAAUGUGAGUGCCCAUGGUAAAUUUUUUAACACCGUGCAGGCCCAAGGGGAGAAAGCCUCCCUGUAUGUGAUCCGUUUAGAGGUGCAACUCCAGAAUGCUAUUCAGGCAGGGAUCAUAGCUGCGAAAGAUGCAAACCAGACUCGCCUGCACCAGCUCCUUUUAGGGGCUGAGCUGAAUGGGGACCUGCGCUACAGACUGAAGCAUCUUCUCAGGAUGUAUGCAAAUGAGCAGGAGCGUCUUCCCAAUUUUCUGGAGUUAAUCAAGAUGAUAAGGGAGGAGGAGGAUUGGGAUGACACUUUUAUUAAUCGGAAGCGGGCCAGGAGAUCUGAGUCAAUGGUGGAGAGGGCAACCAGUCCAGUGGCAUUUCAGGGAUCCCUACGGAUAGUAAUCGGCAGUGCUGACUGCAACGUGAUAGAGAUAGAUGACACCCUGGAUGACUCAGACGAAGAUGUGAUCCUGGUGGAAUCUCAGGACCCUCCACUUUCAUCCUCUGGUUCUCCUCCCCCCAAAAGCAGAACCAGACCUCAGGAUCAAGUGGUAGUCAUUGAUUCCCCCAAUAGUUCCCAGGCUCAAUCUCCUUCCACCAGUGGGGGUUCUGGAGAUAAAAAUGAUGGUCCUGGGAAUAUUUGUAGAGCCAGGAAGCGAAAAUACACAACCCAUUCUUCAUAUUGUGGCAAGGAGGACCACUCAAAGGAAACUUGUGACAAGAGCAACAAGGCUGAGAUGUUUGAAAAUCUGGUCAUGACCCUGCAGGAGCUGACACAUACAAAGGAGGAGAGGUCAAGAGAGGCUCCUGACCAAUCUGAUGACCCUUCUGAGCUAUAGUGAGGUGCUAGCCUUCAGCCUUAAAUGAAGCGUUAAGGUAUAUUCAGAGCCCAGUGAUAGGAAAACUGAGGGAGGGGGUCUCUAAUUGCAUGAAUUAAUCCCCAUAGCAGCUUUUAUUAGGGUUCAGGAGAAAGGGUCUUGGAUACAAGCACAAUGGAGAAAGAUGGCCUGUCCUCUGUCCUUGCUCCCCACCCCCACCUCUGCUGCCUAAGGGUCUGUUUUCUGUGUGUGCUCAUUUCCUUGAUGGCUUUAUUCUCUUUGUGAAAGUGAUAUAAUUCACUGUUAAAUCUUCAAACAACAAAAAAGUACAAAAAGUCAAGUACAAAUUAGUCCAAAUCUUCUACCCUUAUAUAACCAUUGUCAACCCUUUGAUGACUAUCCUUCUAGAUACUUCCAUACACCUAUAGUUUGUAUUCAGAUAGAUAUAUGUACAGAUAAAAGUGUCAAAUAUUAGUGCUGUUCUAUUGUCUGUAUUUUUUCACCAAACAAUUUGUUGUGGGCUUCUUUCUAUGUCAAUAAAUAUAUAUCAGCAUCUA